AUGUUGUCAGCAAAUGGAACAAGGGGAGCCAUAAAUAAAUAUCACGAAGUGAAGGAUAUCUUCAAGAAGGCGGCGAUGAAUAUUCGCGAAUUUCUAUCCAAUGACCAGAACUUCAAUAAGGCAAUACCGAAACAAGACAAAAUCGAAGGAGUCCCCAUAAUGAUUCAGUUCAAACUAUUCCUCCAAAACUUAUGGAAAAGAAAUAAUUCUUGGGAUCAAAUCGUCGAUAAAGAUGAUAAAGAAGCAUGGCGAUCUCUUACAAAGGAAUGGCUCGCAGACAUUAUCGAGAUACCGAGGUUAGCUACAAAAAAGCUCUCAGAUCAACAACUCCAUGUCUUCACGGACGCAUCAAGUGUUGCGUAUUCAGCAGUUGUAUACAUUUUAAACAAACAUGUCGACGAAAGAAAUAGCGCAAUAUUUUUCGCCAAAUCAAGACUCGCUCCAAUUAAAGGUAUGAUCAUACCACGGCUGAAGCUGCUAGCAAUACUUACUGGUGUACGAGCCGCCAACAAACAACUUUGUUAUAAAGUAAUUGAGUAUGGAAAAAAUCGCAGUGGUGUCAUGGUCGAAUUCGAAAUGUGCAUUACACUGGAUACAAAAUCGAUCGAAAUUACUACCCAAAUUCAUACAAAACCGAGUAAAAGAAAUAUGAAAGACAUUAUCGAGAUACCGAGGUUAGCUACAAAAAAGCUCUCAGAUCAACAACUCCAUGUCUUCACGGACGCAUCAAGUGUUGCGUAUUCAGCAGUUGUAUACAUUUUAAACAAACAUGUCGACGAAAGAAAUAGCGCAAUAUUUUUCGCCAAAUCAAGACUCGCUCCAAUUAAAGGUAUGAUCAUACCACGGCUGAAGCUGCUAGCAAUACUUACUGGUGUACGAGCCGCCAACAAACAACUUUGUUAUAAAGUAAUUGAGUAUGGAAAAAAUCGCAGUGGUGUCAUGGUCGAAUUCGAAAUGUGCAUUACACUGGAUACAAAAUCGAUCGAAAUUACUACCCAAAUUCAUACAAAACCGAGUAAAAGAAAUAUGAAAGGUAAAUUUUUCAUUUCGAUAUGUACCAAGGCGACUAAAAGACUUUCUCCCGUAAAACUUAGGCAAUACAAGCUAUGGUGGGAAGGGCCGUCGUGGUUAACGGGUCCCGAAAGCGGAUGGCCCCAAUGGGAACACCAGUCCAUAGAAGAAUUAAAAGACAAAGAAGAACGAAUCGUUGCAAAGGUCGCUUCUCAAACAAUUGAGGUGACACAAUUCUCCCUUAUAUAUGGAAGUCGGUUCAGUAAGUGGUCUAAACUUGUAAGAACCACUGUUUGGGCUCUCAAAUUUAUUAAACUCACGACAAAGGGUGAGCAGACUGCAAGGGCUGCAAACGUUGGACAGCUAAGCCAUUUAAAUUACCAGCUAUGCCCAAUCUUCCUGAAUCACGAGUUUUACUUCAAGACCUUUGCAAAAAUCGGAUUGGAUUAUUUUGGCCCGAUCUCAAUCAAAAUCGAAGUCGGAGUAACCAAAAGAUGGAUUACCCUAUUCACAUGCUUCACAAGAAAAGCAGUUCAUCUGGAAACUGUAGAAAAUUUAUCAGCUGAAAGUUUCUUACACGUGCUAAGGAGAUUCAUCUCACGACAAGGCUAUCCGGGACGAGUUUUGAGCGACAAUGCAAGUCAAUUUCAAGUAGUUUUCAAACCCAUGAAGGAGCAAGAACACACCAGGAUAGGUGAAUUCCUGGCAGAAAAGGGAAUGGUUUGGGAAAAUAUAACACCGAGAGCUCCUUGGAGUGGCGGACUCUACAAGCGACUGAUAGGGCUGAUCAAGAAGGUUAUGAGAAGAGCUAUUGGAAGAAAACUGUUAUGA